AUGGCAUCUAAGAUGAAAGACAGGAAGAGAACUCCCAUCUCUCACAAAGUCAUCGAGAAACGAAGACGGGACCGAAUCAACCGCUGCCUAAACGAACUAGGGAAAACAGUACCGAUGGCACUGGCAAAACAGAACUCUGGAAAACUGGAGAAGGCUGAAAUCUUAGAAAUGACAGUCCAGUACCUGCGAGCGCUCCACUCAGCGGAUUUCCCCCGAGGGAGAGAAAAAGGUGAACUUCUUGCCGAGUUUGCAAACUACUUCCACUACGGAUACCACGAGUGUAUGAAGAAUCUGGUGCACUACCUGACCACAGAGGACAGAGCCGAGACCAAAGACAUCAAGUACGCACGGAUCCUUGCCUUCUUACAGUCCAAGUCCCGGGUGGUCACCGAGCCUGUGUUCGGCUCUGUCGGCUCGUUGCCAGAACCAACUGACUACCUAGGCCAGCUGCACUCCUCGCCGGAGCACCAAAGCCACAGUCCAUCCGACGCGGUGUACCAGCAGAGUCCGCCGGGACACUUCUCCUGGCACAGCUCGACCCGCAGCCCGGGCAUCUCGUACCCAACGGUCCCGCUCUCUGCGCACACGCAACAGCACGGUGGUUACUUGUCACCGGUGCAGGGACUCGAUCACCACUAUUUCAACUUCCUCGGUCACACGCACGCAAACACAUUCAGUUUGCACAGUGCGCAACACGCCAUGUAA